AUGGACGACUUAUCGGUGUAUGGGCAAACAUACGAAGUCUAUCCCAACAAUAUAGAGAAGAUAUUGAAGAGAUAUGAAGAGAUGAACCUUGUGCUGAACUGGGAGAAAUGCCACUUCAUGGUGAAGGAAGGUAUUGUGCUUGGGCAAAAAGUCUCCAAGGAUGGGAUGGAGAUGGACAAGGAAAAGAUUGAGGAGAUUGAAAAGCUCCCACAUCCAGCAAAUGUGAAGGCUGUCAAGAGCUUCUUAGGACAUGCUGGCUUUUAUCGACGUUUUGUGAAAGACUUUUCAAAGAUUGCACGACCAUUGAGUGCAUUGCUGGAGGCAGAAAGAACAUUUGACUUUGAUGACCAAUGCCUCAAUGCAGUUAAGAUAAUGAAGAAUGCAUUAAUACCCGCACCUGGGUUGAUCGCACCAGAUUGGACAUAG